GACUUGAAUUUCUGUCAAUUCCGGCUGUGGAGCAGCCGAGGGAUCUGAAAUAAAAAUUAUCGGGGAACAUGUAGACGGAAGUGUAUCGAUGAUAACUGGAGUUUUUGGGCCUUCCAUUAGGCUCUAGGAGAUAAUACUGGCAGCCAAAGAUAUCACAGUCACCCAUGGCUCUCUAAUAGAUAUUUUCGAUUAGCCUUACUCAAUUAACCUCGUUUCCAAUUGUACGUGUGAAAACCAGCGGAAGAAACAUGCAUGCGACCCGCGCCGACACCUCCGAGAGGCGAUUCGAAAUACAAUGCAAACUGGAGUCGGAGAUCGCCGCUCUGGAGGCUCUGAAGGAGGCGGAGGAACGCAGCCGGCGAUUGACGAGCGGGGUUGUUGGAAUACUCUCUUCCUUGGAAGACCGUUUAGCUACGCUGCGCCGUACGAUACUUCCUGUUUACAACGAGACUGGGAAUCUCCAGGCCCAGCAACACAAUAUAGAGAGGACUUUGAGCGUGCUGGAUCACGCUAUUGGAUACUACGGCGUGUGUCAAGAGGUGGAAGCCGUGGUACGCGCCGAGCCGAGCGGGCCCGGUGGUCUAGACGGUUUCCUCGAGGCUAUGAAUCGAUUGUACAACGCUCAGCGAUACUUCCAGAAAAACAAUCCCAGUUCCGUCGAGUUGCAAAACGUCACGGGCCUCUUCUCGAUCGGCCUAGAAUCGCUUUAUGCCGAAUUCCACGAUAUUCUCAAUCGCCAAAGUAGACCGAUCCUUCCCAUUGUGCUUCUGGAUCUAAUCGGCUCCGACGAAGACACCAGCAGCGAGGAUGCGCCGCAGUCUCUGUGCCAAUUGCCCGAGAGCGUCAUGAGCGAUUUGCUCAAGAUCGCCGGAUGGCUCGAGGAGAGGGGCCACCGUAGACACACGAAGAUGUACGCUUCCGUACGUUCCGCCAUUUUCCUGAGAUCUCUGUUGCUGCUCAAGGAACAUCAGAGGAGCGCCAGCGGUGGUAGCACCCACGGUGGAAGUCCUAUGCCUCGGGCGAAAUUCGCCAACCGACACUCUCUGGAUGGCCAAGAGAACGCGGGGCGUAAAGCGUCGCGGCGGCUGCAGCACGCGUUGGACAAGGCCAACAGGAUGCUGUUGAAGGCAUCGCAAACGACGAGGCUGAACCUGGCUCUGAACUCGGUGUCCAGGAAGCCGACGUUGCAACUCGCCCCGUACUCGAUGGAGGACGCGGCGCCCGACGAGCAGGAGAUGGAGAAUUAUCUCUUGCUAGCGGCUGGCCUGCACAAGCUCAUACAAGCCGAGCGCGCGCUGGUCGCGAAGAUCCUGCCGACUUCCCUGCAGGCGCAAGUGCUCGAGGCCACUGUGCGCGACGCGAUGGACCUGGUGGCUCACGACGGAGACAGCAUAGCCACGCGCGCCAAACGUUGCAUCACGAGACGCGACUUCUCCGCCGUCCUCGUGGUCUUCCCGAUUCUGAAGCAUCUCGGCGAGCUGAAGCCCGAUCUCGAGAGAACGGUCGAAGGUUGCGAUUACGCGCUCCGCUCCAAGUUCGCAUCUGUACUCGACACGUUACAUACAACCGGUGCUAAAGCUCUGGAAGAGUUCGCGGAAUGCGUGAGAAAUGAAUCCGGCGCGGGUUUGCCAAAGGACGGUACCGUGGCGGAAGGAACUAGUAACGUCUUGGUCUUUCUGGAACAGCUGGCUGAAUACGCGGAUAUGGCUGGUGCCGUUCUUCGACGCAAUCUUUUCACAGAUCAGUCUACGUUAUAUUCGAAAGAUCCGGAAAAUGUACAUAAAACGGUUCUCGGUGUAUACGUCAAAAAGGUACUUGCUCAAUUGAAUCUGGCGCUAGUGAGUAAAAGCGACGCGUCUUAUUCCGAUCUCGCUUUACGAGCUUUAUUUCGGCUGAAUAACCAUAAUUACGUGGUUAACGCUCUCUGUCGAAGUUCUCUUAUGGAGCUGCUCUUACUGGCCGAGCCAAGUGCGGAACAAACAUAUCACGAUCUACUUCGCAAAGACAAAAACAAUUACGUUACUACGACAUUUGCCAAGGCCCGAUCGUAUCUCGCAGACGAGCCAGAUCUCGCCGCCAAAACGUUGAAGGAGAAGUUCUUGGGUUUCGCGCGAGAACUCGAGGAAGUGGCCAAGUGUCAGCGUUCGUACUCGGUGCCUGAUAGAUGUCUGCGCGAGGAGUUAAGGAAGGAAUUGCAGGAGGCGAUCGUACCGCUGUACACCGCGUUCCACAACAAGUAUCGCGGCACGUCGUUCUCGAAGAAUCCGGCGAAAUACAUAAAGUACACCCCCGACCAGAUAUCGGCGCUGAUCAACACGUUUUUCGACACCGCCGCGUAAUAAAAUGUUACAUGUGUGCCGUACCGAAGAUUUGUUUCUCUCGCCAAGGAAUUAGCAGAAUAAUUUAAUAAACACCCAUUUAAUAAAGCAUAUUUAGUUACAA